GACGUAAUGCGCGGUGACGCCACAUCAGGGCGAGUCCAGAAUGCAGCGCAAGUCAAAAGAAUAGCGGAGACAGACGCGUAUCAAAACACCGACCUGCAAAUUGUCUUACAUCAUGGAGCUUGAUGGUGACUGAAACAUUCAGAACUUUUAGACUGAAACAGAACCUGGAUUACUGGAAAAACCUUUAACACAAAGUGGGAUUGUAAGAGCUAAUCCUAUUGGUGACUGGAGCCAAGAUGGCGGGAAGAGAGCGCAGUCCCCGCCACAGGCCCUGGUCUGUGUACAGAGCUAACACAUUUGAUUUGUCUUCUGAGAUGAUGGGGUUGGCACUCACAGGAAACAGCCAGGAUCCUGAUGAGCCAGUGCUCGAGUUCAGUCUGGCAUGCAGUGAGCUGGUCACCCCAUCGCUGGAUCGUAAGCCCAGUAGUUUUGUCGCUGUGAGCUGCACCACUCCUCCACAGGCAUUCUGGACCAAACAUGCACAGACGGAGAUCAUAGAGGGCACCAGCAAUCCAAUCUUCCUGAGCAGCAUCGCCUUCUUCCAGGACUCUCUGAUUACCCAGCAGACCCAAAUCAAACUGUCGGUGUACGAUGUGAAGGAUCGCUCACAAGGGACUAUGUACCUGCUGGGUUCGGCUAUGUUUACAGUAAAAGAGCUCCUUCAAGACAAACACCACAGGCUACACCUCAUGCUGAAAUCAGCAGAGAGUGAGCGGAUGGGAAACAUCACUAUCAUUGGGUGGCAGAUUGAGGAGAGGAGAGACCAGCGAGCUCCUCUGGCACGAUCAGAUACGGUUAACGGCAGGAUGGUGUUGCCUGUUGAUGAAAGUCUGACAGAAUCCAUGGGCGUAAAGGCUAAAUCUGCUUCCUUAUGCAAAGACAGUCUUUUAAAGGCAGUGUUUGGAGGCACUGUUUCACGGAUGUACCGAUUGCCCACGACUGAUGGGAACCACCUGCGUGUCCUGGAGCAGAUGGCAGAGAGUGUGCUCUCUCUACACAUACCAAGACAGUUCGUCAAACUACUGCUGGAAGAAGAUGCUGCCAGGGUGUGCGAGCUGGAAGAAUUGGGAGAGCUGUCGCCCUGCUGGGAGAAUCUGAGGAGACAGAUCAUCACUCAGUACCAGACUAUCAUCCUCACCUAUCAGGAGACUCUCAGUAAUUUACAUGAAUACAAGGGUGCGUCCUUCAAAUCUAGCACUCUGAAAGGAGAGAAGAAACUGGAGUUCAUGCCCACAAAUCUCCACGUUCAGAGAAUGAGAGUGCAGGGCGAGUCUGGUUAUGAUCGCACAUAUGACGUAGUGACCACAGGGGCUCCUGCUGCACACCAUCAGGGCUUUAAAGGCAGUGGACUGAGGAAGCUCAUUCAAAAAUUUGAGGAGGCCAAAAAACAUGUUGGAGAGUCAGCUCCUCUCUCCAUGCGCUACCAGCCGCAGGAUGUGCUGAAAGCGAAAGAAAUCAUUUCUCAUAUCAACACUCUGAAGACGCAGGUCAGCUACUACACUGAGCGUCUGUCCCGCGCUGCUAAAGAACGCUCUACAAAUGCAUUGGAGAGGACCCUCGCAAUCCUCACUGACAAGACGCGGCAGCUGGUGACAGUGUGUGACAGUAAGCUGUUAACCACAGCUAUUCAGGCUCUGAGUGCUGCCCGGCCAGAGUUCAUCGCUUCCAGAGGCUCUCCGUCCGCCCAUGACACUGAGCGUGUGGUGCUGAGGAACGACCAGGGCUCUCCACAGGCCAAAUGGAGUGGAAAGGGGAACAGAGCGUCUGUCAACUUAACAUGGCAGGAGGAGGAAUGGGAGAAGAUCUGGCUGAACGUGGACAAGAGUCUGGAGUGCGUGAUCCGCUGUGUGGACCGUCUGCUGACCCGAGAGCGCAUGCACAGCGACAGCAGCGAAGACGUGUUUCUGUCGGACCAGCAGGCCGACACCAGCAAGAGAGAUAAUGCCAGUGUUGAAGGCUCCUCUCCUGGUGAAUGGAGUGAAGCUCUGUAUCCUCUCCUGACCACUCUCAAUGAGUGUGUGGCCAUGAUGAGCGACAAAGCCAAGAAGUCCAUGGUGUUUCUGCUGAUGCAAGACAGCGCUCCGACUAUCGCCAUGAGUUUAUCACUUCAGUACCGCAGAGAUGUGGUUUUCUGUCAGACGCUGACGGCCCUGAUCUGUGGGUUUGUGGUAAAGCUGAGGAACUGUCUCAGUGACAGUGGCUUCCUCAGACAGCUCCACACUAUCGGCUUGCUGGUCCAGUUUGAGGGUCUCCUGAGCACCUAUGGAGAAGAGCUGGCCAUGCUGGAGGACAUGAGUGUAGGAGUCAUGGACCUUCGCAACGUCACCUUUAAAAUUACCCAAGCCACCUCCAGCUUCAGUCCCGACAUGCUGCCGGUCAUCACGGGCAACAGAGACGGCUUUAAUGUGCGCAUUCCCCUACCGGGAGUCAUGUUUGAUGCGCUGCCACGAGAGAUCCAGAAUGGCAUGCUGCUGCGCGUUCAGCCAGUCUUAUUCAAUGUAGGAAUCAAUGAGCAGCAAACGCUAGCCGAGAAGUUUGGAGACACGUCACUGCAGGAAGUCGUGAAUAUGGAGAGUCUCGCUCGUCUUACCUCUUAUUAUGACCAGUUUAAAGAAGUGCUGCCUGAAGACUGUUUGCCACGCUCUCGCAGUCAAAACUGUGUGCCUGAGCUUCUCCGGUUCCUCAGUCAAAAUAUCAAUGCCAGGAAGAGCAAGAACGUGGACAUCCUGUUGCAGGCAGCAGAGAUUUGUCGGCGUCUGAAUGGUGUGCGGGUGACCAGCUGCAAGAGUGCAAAGGAUCGGACGGCCAUGUCGGUGACACUGGAGCAGUGUCAGAUCCUCCAGAGUGAGCACUGCAUGGCCCCGCAGGUCUUCACGCAGGCCCUCGACUGUAUGCGCAGUGAGGGCUGUCGACGAGAAAACACCAUGAAAAACGUGGGCAGCCGCAAAUACGCCUUCAACUCGCUCCAGCUAAAGACCUUCCCUAAGCAGUACAGACCACCAGAGGGAACCUUCGGGAAAGUGGAGACCUGAUCUGCGACGAGAGCUGCAUGUUCCCCCCUCGUCCUCCUUACUUUAUCACCACAUAUCUGAAGGAAAGUUUUAUUAUGCACAGUCAUGCUGUAAUACGCUCUGGUUAUCAUCCAGAUGACAAUGUUAAUGUUUCUCAGAUCCCCCAAAGCUCUUGGCUUCGAGAAGAAAGGAGAGAUAGGGAAAGAAAGUUCAAGCGAACGUCUAGAUUGUUGCACUGAAAGCAGGUAAGAAGGCCUGUUAUUUAAAACGAAACGAUAUAUACAUGAAUAUCAAAGCGUUUUACACCCCCCAAAAGCAUCUAAUUCUUUCAAUCUGUGUUUAGUUAACAUAUAUACACACGUUUUAAAUGCUUUCCAGCAUGAUCUUUGUACUAAAACACAAAGGUCUAUCAGCACUCAGAAGCAAAUCUGUGUUUUAUCAUCCUUUAGAUUGUAUUUAAGGUUCAAUAGGUUAUAGGUGACGUAUAUAUACAGUAUGUGCUGUAGUGGAUUUGUUCUCAGAGACAUACGAUUUAUAAGAUCAGAUUAUUCAUCAUCACUUCAAGUCUACACGAUACUAGCUGCCUUAAGAGAGUCCACCAAACUCACGUGUUAAGAUAGAUAUGUAGAUACUUCCAGUCUGUUCGUGACGUGGUUUAUUUCGUUACUGUAAGACUCUCUCUUUAAGAGUGUUAGCGCUUUAACGCAGGCCCCCCCCCCCCCCCCCUCUCCUGACUGUGCGUUGUACGGGUUGUAGAGUUUUAAGAGGACACGUUUCCUCAAAAUAUUGCCAAGCACAGCUAGCCUCAGUACAAGCAAGCAUACUGUGUGAACAUACAUUCUUUGUAAGGAUAUCUGUGAGUAAGACACUAUCCAUAUGUUCAUUGACUAGUUUUGUUUUGUUAGGCAUUGAUAUGAGAUUCAGUUAUGAUCUAAAAGGAUGCAGGGUGCUUCUAAAAUGCGAGGAAUAUUUAGUUUUUGUAAAGCAGAGGAGUGCAUUUAGAUUAUUUAUUUAAUUGUAACGCAGACCAUAAUCGACGUUGCAUUACAAAGCAUAAUAAUAAGUACAUGUAAUGAUCUCGGUUCAAAUCAUCAGCGUUUAUCUCUGCACAAAUGGACUGCAGUUCCUGGUUUAUAUAGCAUAUUACAGACAGGAGACAUGAGCAUGUGUCUUAACCUCUGCUGAGACAGUCUUUUAAAUUCUAACCAGAUGCACCGCAUGGAUGGUCAGCCGUUUACACAUUGAGCGUACAUGAUGUGAUUGUUUUACCACACGGAUCUUUUGAUUUUGUUUUUUAUGUUUCCAUGCGAGAGCUGUUGUUGUUCUUUUUCACUGUUGUAAGUGCUGAAGCACUGCUGUGUUGUAAGAGCAUGCUGCCCUAUUGGUCUUUCAGUGUAUGUUUUUAUUUUCGAAUGUAUGUUCGGAUACCUUGCUGUACAAAAUGCCUCUUUCCUCCAAACAUACAGCUUUAAGAAUUAAAUUGAAUUCACCAACCUUAA